UCGAACCAGUAGUCAUCCGGAGUCAGUAGUCAGUGAUAGUCAAAAUGUUACAAAAUUGGUUGCUCUUGUUAAUGGGUGUCAGUUUGGUGUACUGUUACCCACAUCUGUUUGACACGCACAAGUUCAAAGUUGGGAUUGAAUAUGCUAAUUCCCUGCCGAUGAAGGGUGGAUCAGACAGAUACAGACACAGGAACAAUUUCGAUCCUUUCUUUGUGACUGUCACGGCUACGUCUAAGAAAGGCUUUGUAAUCACCUACUUAGAAGUAACUGGAAUAGUCGACGCCCGAGGGCAGUUGGACUUCAAGGUCAUUCGAGGUCAGACAGGGUCUACCGAAAUGGUGUUCCAGCUGGUCUCCAACUACACGGACUUCCUGUCCUUCUCGUACCUGACUUAUGGGAUCAAGGAGGAAGAAUAUAGAAAGGUUGCCAACAUCAUCACCAUACCUAUACCGACCAACAAAGCAAUACGACUUAACGACUCCGGUAUAUCGAUAUUCACAAUAUUUUUAUCUCUCUUAUGCACUUUUUAUAAACAUGUAUACGCAUAGAUAUAAGUUAUAUUACCUCCUAGUUGUUUAAGUAAUGCUAAUCGCGUGGAAGUUAUCUUUAAGAGUCUUAACUAGCCCUUUUAAAUAUUUUAAUGUAACAAUAUCUUUAAUCUCUAACUAAAAUUGUAUGAAACAAACCUUUGACAUUGAACUUUUCCAAUUUAAUAUCCUAGAAUGGUAUUUUCUUAUAACUUCACGUUUAUUAUUACAGAAAUACAGAGGGUUAGUUUAAUUUGCAAAUUA